AUGUCUGCGAGAUACGCCUUCAACAAGAGCUUGAAGGAGCUGCGGUUCCUCUUCUGCAACUCAUCUCCUCACAGCGAUGCGACCAGAGCGUUCCUGAAGCGCGCAUACCCAACCAUGAAGAAAAACAACCCACACGUACCCGUCAUGAUGCGGGAGGCAUUUGAUACUGAACCAAGGGUGUUUGCGAGAUAUGAAUUGGGGAAGGAGAAGCAAGAACCCCUCUUAGGCUUGACAGAUAAGGAGAUUGAGGAGAAAGUUACAGCUUUGGUGAAGGACUCAAUAUAG